AUGCAAAUCAAAACAGUGCUACUCUUCGCCAUGGCGAGCGUAUGCGGUACAACCGUAGCCGUGGAGGAGCUUUCACCUGCCCGCGACGCAUCGAUCCCAUUGUUGGCACACAUCACCAUCAGCCCCCUCCGCCUGGACCGUCUGUCCCCUCGAGCGAGCUCCUGCAGCCUGACCCAGGUUCCCUGCAACGGCGCCUGCAUGCCGGUCCUCAAUACUUGCUGCUCGAGCAACGCCGGCUCGUGCCCUGUCGGCCAGCGUUGCGACGGUAACGGCUGCUGUCUCGUCGGCGGAACAUGCUCCGGCGUCGUUGGCGGCUGCAACUCGGAUCAGGUCUCCUGCGGUGAUAGCUGCAUGCCCAAGGGCGGCAACUGCUGUGGCGGUGGAAAGUUUUGCGACCCCGGCUAUGGUUGUACCGGCGACCUCAAGUGCCGCCGAAGCGACAGUAGUGCGAACGGCGCUUACGCUGGCACCCGGACGCAGCAGGCUGCUGUCGUUGCCGCGCUGACAGCAUUGUUGCUUUUUCGCUCAUGA